AUGGCAUGUCGUGUCUAUCGAAACACACGGUUUGGUCUCUUUAGAGAGGACGAAAUUUCCACAACAAAUAUGUCGCGUGACAUUCCAGUGUUCAACGCACAAACUCAACAAACGUCUGGGGGAAUCAUGAGCGGUGGCGGACACAACAUACGAAGGCUGAAUAUCAUGUCUGUCAAGGGGCAAAAACCUUUGACGUAUAAAGAAGCGCAAAAUGUCCUCAAGAUAAAGCCACAGAAGGAAAUUGAGGGUGGGGAAAUAACUGUUGGAAUGAUAGUCGGCGAGCAACUUCGUCGCUAA